CUCCUGGCACCCGUCUCGGCGGAGCUCUGCCUGCUGCCCGCCCUGGCAGCGGUCCUCCCGCCGCUGCCCGGCCCCGGAGGCCCCGGCCCCGCAGAGGUCGGGCUGGGUGCGCUGCCCGCCGAGCUGCGGGCGGCGGUGCGGGCCCUGGUAGGUGACCUCGACUCUCUCUUCACCGGCCUGGGCCUGCGGGAGGAGAGCUUUGCUGUGGGAGCCCUUAGCAGGGUCAUCGCCGCUGAGCUGGCAAGCUACGCCCCAGCCAGAAACAGGAGAAGGACAGCCACCAACAAGGCCUCUGUCAUCUUCGUGGACAGGACGUUGGACCUUGCUGGAGCAGUUGGCCAUCAUGGUGACAAUCUUGCAGAGAAGAUUCUUUCUGUGCUUCCUAAACUUCCCGGCCACAAGACCGAUGUGAUGGUUAACAUGGUAGAACUUACAGCACUGCAGACUACAGAUGAAACUUGCAGUAUUAUAGCACCUGGCUGCUUAGCACAACCAAAUGAUCCAGCUGCUAAAGCUCUCUGGGAGUCCUUCAUGAACCUCAAACAAAAGGAAGCUGUGAUGGAGGCCAGGAGACACCUUGUGGAGGCUGCAAGCAGAGAAAAUUUACCUAUUAAGAUGAGCAUGGGCAGAGUCACCCCAGAACAGCUCAGCUCAUACAUUCAGCUUUUCAGAAACAAUCUCAAAGCUUUGGAGAACCACUGCGGUCUUCUGCAGCUUGUGCUGGCCACAGUCCAGACUUUGAAACACCCCCAGACUUCCAAAUGGGACAAUUUCCUUGCCUUUGAGAGAUUACUUCUGCAGACUAUUGGUGAGUCAGAAAUGCCCAGUGUUCUGAACCAGUUAUUGCCAAUGAUCAAGUCCUACAAUGAAAGGACAAAAGAUGAUUAUGCCUGUGAGGACUUCCUUGUUUUGCUGAUAUACAUAUAUUCUGUGGUUGGAGAAAUCAAAUGUGGAAAAGAGCUGGACACAGCUGAAGAAGAGGUGAAAAAAGCCCUCGUCAAGGCAAUUUGUGAUGAGCCAGAGCCAUCUCCUUUGUUGCAGAAAAUUACAGGCUGUGACUCGUCACUGAACUUGACAUCUCAGAAAGCCACAGAUGCAAUGGACGGUAUCUUUCGGUCCCUCAGGGAUAUUGCCAGAGUCCGAAUGCACAUGAAACAGUUUAAUUCCAUACAUAAUCCAGGCAGCAACACCCACCAGGCUUCUUACAAACCUCUGCUGAAACAGGUAGUGGAAGAGAUCUGUAAUCCUGAUCGUCCCGAUCCUGUUGAUAUUGAGCAUAUUUCAUCAGGCCUCACUGAUCUCCUUAAAACUGGCUUCAGCAUGUUUAUGAAGGUGAAUCGCCCUCACCCUGGUGAUCAUCCUCUUCUGAUCAUCUUUAUGGUUGGAGGAGUGUCAGUCUCUGAGGUCAAAAUGGUGAAGGAUUUGGUAACAACGCGCAAACCUGGUACCCAGGUGAUUGUGCUCUCAUCUGUACUCCUGACACCACACAGUGCUGUUGAGUUGUUGUUUGCCCCAGACCGUCUCUAGCCUGAUGCUCAUAUCUAACGGCGGAGGCUGUGGAGAAGAUUGAGUGCCUUGCCUGGAAACAUCAAGUCCCUGCUCUGUCACUCUUCUCAAUAGCCCUCCAAAAACUGAUGUGUCAACUGCUGCAAUUACAGCUCCAGGUGAAAUAGCUGGGUAUCUGCCUGCAAGGGAACAUCUGUAGUUCAUGGGCAGCUCUUCAAAAUGGUCCAGUUGCCCCACUCCUUGAUGAUAGCACUGUGCAGUGCUGAAUCACUCCCAGCCUCACUCAGCAUGGUGAGGGUGAUUGUUUGAAAAAAUUCCCUAGAAAAGGAACAGCUGAGAACCAGGUGAUGCAAAAUUUGCACUCCCAAGUACCAUUUUUCCUGAUAGUUCUGCUGGGCUUGCAGCUGGUGGGAAAUGCUGCUGAGAGAGUGAGAGGCUAGCAAAAUCCACUGUCUGUCAUGCUACUUUGCAAAACGUGUGCCUUAUACAAUGUUAACAGCCUCUACUCUUACUUUGUUCUUCACUCCAGAGAGAUCAUGGAACACAGCCCUGAUUUAGCUGGCACAGCAGCUCCCAGCUUGGUGAUGCUCUUUUCAGCAGGACUGUUAGAGGCAGGGAAGCAGAGAGCUACUCAAGGGCUGGGUUACAUUGCUGCUUCUCUCUCAGCUUUCCAUUUCCUGCUCUACUUUUUCCACCCACAGUCCCAGAAGAAAAGACAGUUUCUGAUGGCACACACUCUGUAGAUUUACACAGGAGGCCAUAUGGGCUGUGAUGGUUUGAUGAUAACCCCAAAAGAAUCCUCCCCUCACAUGCAUAUUAAAAAAAAAGAACAAAAAAAGGGCAUGAUCCCAUUUUCAAGAGGCCACAGCAGAUUCUUUCUCGAGCUAGAUUUCUGAGCAGCAUGAUUGGAAAACAGCUUUUAUUUUUAAUUUAUAAUCAUGAAAGAGCUUCAAUCAAAUUCAGUUACACAAAUUUCUUUAUAAAACUUUGCUACAAUCUGUGAUGAAAGAGCAGCAGCUAAUAGAGAUUUUAAUUGCAUAUAGCACCCAGAUUUUUGAAUUGCAACAUAAAAUGGUGGAGCUCUAAAGCUGCAUCCUCUUGCUUCAUCCAAGUAAUGCUACAACUCCAGCUUACACUGAGAUGAGAAUGUCAAAUCAAGUGACAUCCACUCUAUCGUAGCAUUCUUUAUUAUGCCAAAGGAGUAGAUUAAAUGGGAAGCAGUUUUUUAAAUUUUGUUCACUAGCUAGCAUUGGCUCUCCUAAAUGUUUAUAAUGGUCUUCAGAAAAGGGUGCAUUUUGGUUUAAAUUCAAUUUUGAGUUGCUGGAAGGAAACAAUGGACUGAUUAUAAAGCAUGGACAAUGUUGCCUCUAUAGAAGAGAAAUUUAUAAGAAUGACUAUAGAAUGGAACUUUGUGCUAUAAAAAAUGAGAAAUGCUAUGAGAUUGCAAUAUUAAAAGCUCAAGGAAUAGUUUGAAUAGAGCAACUGGAAAGCAAGUAGCUGGUCUCUUGGUUUUUCUGUCAUUCUGUACGGUUCAGUCUUUCUUAGAAUAUGGUUGUUUCAUAAAUUCUGUAAUCAAUAACGCAAUGCUCUCCCAAUGCCAAACUUGAUCAGUCUUCUUCUAGUAGAAUAGAAGCAUUCUUCUAGUAUGCCAGAACUGCAUAUUCCUGCAACCUCUUUUAUUUUUGCAUUAUUUAAUUGCCCCUGGGAAUCUAGACCUUCUAUCUUGGUCCUUGAACAUUUCCUACACUCUGCUCAUAGCAGAAAGGCUUUCCUGUGUUCAGUGACCAUUGCUGAGUUCAGGUACACCUCUGAGCUGCUGCUGCUUUCAUGAGUUGAUGGAAGCUUCUGGUUGUGGUCUUCACUCCCUCACCUUUCUUUCAUCAAACUCCCUCAGGCCUCUGACUUGGCCAUCUAAAGACCUACUGUAUUGAGAAGGCAGGGGGUGAGUCUAAGCAGACCCUGGUGAUCUUGCACUUCCUCUGGGUCAAGUAGCUCCUUUGACUGAAACAGACUAGCUUUCCAGGCCCACAUACACUUUGGAGGAAUCUUGUAGGGCCACAGCUGUGGUAAUUGAUGCUGGAACUCAGCCACUAUCUCAUACUUAAUCACUUAUAGACCAGAAGUACAGUGGAGUCUUUCCAGUGGCCCUAGAGCAAUAGGAAGCUUAUUUGUAGGAAAUAGCUGUAGCAGCUACAGGGGAAAAGGUCAAGGGAUCUCCUGCCAGUUCUAUGUGAGUAGAAACAGCACAGAAGAAGGUUGCAGGGCAGGUGCAAGGCUACAUCAAAGAAUGUCUAAGUCCUCAGCCUGCAACACCGAGCAAUACUCAAAAGGCAAGGAGAAAACAUAAAGCUACCCUUGAGAAAUUUAUUUACUUCUCUAUUGAUAAACUGUUUUGAUAUAAGCUCAGAGUGGAAGGGCAAGCUCAGUUUUGUUUGCAACUCUAAUCCUAAAUCACUUGGCUAGUAACUCAUGGUGCAAAAGAUUAUCAUCAGCAGGACCCUGCAUCACUUACUGCAGCUGUGUGCUAACAAGGUGAGCCUGUAUGGCCACCAGCCUAGUACCAGCACAAACAUCCUCCUCAGGAAGGCUUUUAGUAAAGCUAUUUCAAACAUGAAAAAGGUAGUUGAAGACUUGUGAUUUUAUUAAGUUCUUCAUAGUGAUAUAGUUCAAAACAUAUUUAUAUUUUUUUUAAAGAAAGCAGCAGUCACUUAGAAUUCAUGUUUUUCCAGGUUUUGACCUACCUCACACCAUUCCUUUCUUACUGAAGGCCAAAGUAUUUUUGACAAGUGGAAAUGAAAAAUCCCAUUUUAAUUUGAAAGGCCUUUGCCUUAUUCAAUUCCUCUCCUAAAAAAAAUUUCUUAAAAGGAAGUUGUAAAGCACUUGUGAGAGCAAAACCCCUGUGGUUUAUGCUAAUAAAGCAACAGCAUAGGCAGGAAAGGACACCUUGCUGUGUCUGCAGUCUAUGUUAACUACCUUAAGAAAGUUAUUACUUUGUCUCAACACUUCAGUGGUUGUUACUCCUUGUUUCUCACCCCCAAAGAACACACAAGGAAACAUGCAAUUCAAAAAAUUUAAUGUUGUACCAGGCAGUAAGACUGAAAAGCCCACUCCCUAGGAGGAGUAACUGUACACAAAAUAAAUAAGUUACAGUUUAAACAAAAGCACGACUGGCUUUUUUUAAAGUGCAUGUGUGUAAGGCCCUUAGGCUCUAAACUCCAUUGGCUCAAUAUUUUUUUAAAAAUUAAGUAUUUAUAUAAAUCUGCCAUUUGUUUAAGAAGGAAGAGGGCCCGGCUCAGCUCAGAACAAGCCAUCAGCUUCAUUGCCUGGAGCCAGCCAUGCUUCACACCUUUUGUUCUUUUGUGCCUACCGAACACAAAGGAGAGAGAGAGAGAGAGA